UCCUCCGCAUCUCCAUCUAUUUGAACCAAACAUCAAGCUAAAGAAAAGCAUAAAUCAGAUUGAGAAUUCAAAACUACAAGUUCAAACAAGAUUACACAAGAGAAUUUUGAAGCAACAACACCCAGAAUCACAUUUGAUGCAUUGUGAUUUGCAACAACAACCCACGAAGAGCAUUUGAAGGACAUCUUGAAACCAUGGUUCUCGGUUUGAGGUCUAAGCACCGGAAAGAUGGUUCUGUUCAAGUAAAUUAUCUUGUUCAUGUACAAGAGAUCAAGCCUUGGUCACCCUCACAAUCUCCUGAAUCAAGUCUAUCUAUGUCACUCCAAUGGGAAACUGGUGAUCAGUUGUCGGGUUAUCUUUCCCCCAUUGUUGUAGAUUCUAAAAUUGAAUUCAACAAAUCUUUCGUACUUCCAUUGACCUUACGUAGAGAAAAAAGGGAUCGUGAUAAGUUUCAAAAGUACAAUUUGGAGUUCCACUUGUAUGAGCCUCGGAAGGAUAAGCCAAAUAAAGAUCAACUGUUAGGGUCAGCAAUAGUUAAUCUUGGCGAUUUUGGGAUCAUUGACAAUGUGUUGAGUGUUAGCGUCCCAAUCACCAGUAAGAAGAGUUCUAAAUCUGUAGCACAACCAGUUUUAUUUCUUAAUAUACAGUCAAAUGAUAAAGACGAGACUAAUUCAUCAUCUAGGAGUAGCUUAUCAAAGCAAUCGUCAUUGGAGAAGAACGGGCAAGAAUCUGCUUCAGAAGUAACAAACGAAGAGAAUGAUGGUGAACUUGAGAUAGCUUCUUUCACAGAUGAUGAAGAUGAUUAUACAAAUUCAUCAUAUAAAAAUAAUAAGGAUGUUGUGGAGAGCAGGAAGCAAGGUAACGAGCAGCUGCCUGCUCUUCCUUUGGGAGUAGGACCUCCAAAUAACCAUAAUACCUCAUCAAAACUUCCUGAAAGAAGUAACACAUCAGUUCGAAAAGAACCUGCUGCCCCAUUUCUUCAAUCGUCAUUCUCAACCAUGGGUUCUCAUGAUAAGACCGUGGACCCUAAGACCCGCUCCAGGAUCUUGGAACCUGGAAACAGGUGCCAUGGGGUUCAAGAAGAUGUGGUUAACACCAGUGGGAGAACCAAGGAAGGCAAUCCACAGCCUGUUAUAACUAAUUCUGUUAGUAAAGCUGCAAGGGGUGUUGAGUCUUCGCAUGAACAAAGUGCAAACUCUGAAACUGCUAAAGAGGACAUGAAACAAGAGGGAAGUGAGCAGGAUGACAGAACCCCAGAAGAGAAAAGGCAAUUCUCAGAAGACAAUCUUGUUGGUAAGUUUUUAGCUUCAAGAAAGCAAGACAAGUUAAGGAGCAACACUCUUGUGUCUAGUAGAAAACCGGCUGGAGGACAGGGAAAUAUUGUGUCCACUAACAAACUUAAACAUCUGAAGUCUGUCCAGUUACCAAAGGCUGGUGGGUUUUCUGGAAGCGGUCUUCCUACUCCUAGCCCAAAUAGAGCAGAUAAAGAUAAAGCCAUUCGGACUAAUGACUCAGUUGAAACAGGAGUUCCAAAAAGUGAAUCUUCUAAUCGUAAAACCGAAGACAUGUCUAGAAUAGAGAUGCUUGAAGAAGAGCUUAGGGAAACUGCAGCUAUUGAGGCUGGACUUUAUUCCAUUGUAGCUGAGCAUGGGAGUUCCACAAACAAGGUCCAUGCCCCUGCUCGACGUCUCUCUAGAUUCUAUUUGCAUGCUUGCAAAGAGAACUACCAAGAAAGAAGGGUAAAUGCAGCUAGAGCUAUUAUCUCUGGACUGGUUUUGGUUUCGAAAUCGUGUGGAAAUGAUGUUCCAAGGUUAACUUUCUGGUUGUCGAAUUCAGUUAUGUUGAGGGCAAUUGUCUUCCAGACAGUUGGAGAACCGCCGAUUCUUGAUGCUAACUCCACCAAGAAACACAAGAAUGGUUCAAAGAAAGUAUCCGAUGACUGGCAGGACCCACAAACAUUCAUAAUUGCAUUAGAAAAGGUUGAAGGUUGGAUAUUCUCACGAAUCAUUGAGUCUGUGUGGUGGCAGACUCUCACUCCACAUAUGCAAUCAACAGCCACAAAUGCUAGCGGCAAGAUGAUGGGUCUAACUUCAAAGAAAACAUCUGGAAGUAAAAACGGUUUGGGUAAUCACCAAGGGAACUUUUCUAUUGAACUUUGGAAGAAAGCUUUCAAAGAUGCUUCUGAAAGAUUAUGUCCUACCCGGGCCGAAGGCCACGAAUGUGGUUGCUUACCUGUGUUGCCAAGAUUGGUGAUGGAGCAGUUGGUGGGUAGACUAGAUGUUGCGAUGUUUAACGCCAUUCUUCGGGAAUCAGCUGAAGAAAUGCCAACAGAUCCAUUAUCUGAUCCUAUUGCUGACCUGAGGGUACUUCCUAUUCCUGCUGGAAGAUCAAGCUUUGGAGCCGGUGCUCAACUGAAGAACACUAUUGGAACAUGGUCUAGAUGGCUUACGGAUCUAUUUGGCAUUGAGGAUAACGACUCUCAUGAAGAUACUGAUGAUCUUGUUGAUGACAAGAAAGCAGAAAAAGCAGAAUUUGAUACAUCUUUUAAGGCUUUUCGAUUACUCCAUGCAUUAAGUGAUCUCAUGAUGCUUCCUUUUGAAAUGCUUGCAGAUAAGUCCACAAGGAAGGAGGUUUGCCCAACAUUUUCAACUCCAUUGAUCAGAAGGGUUGUUUGCAGUUUCGUGCCAGAUGAGUUUUCUCCAAACCCAAUUCCCAAUGAGCUUAUUGAGGCCCUCGACACAGAGAUGCAGGAUAAUGAAAUAGAGGCUUCUGAAGGGUCUCUUAUAAACUUCCCAUGCAUUGCACCUCCAUCAGCUUAUAAACCACCUCCAUCACAUUCACUUUCAACCGUAAUCGGCAUCGUUGGAACCCAGUCGUUAAGGAGAAGCUCGUCAUCGGUGCUCAAGAAAUCGUACACUAGUGAUGAUGAACUUGAUGAGCUCGACUCACCCUUAACCUCAAUCAUCAGAGACACUUCGAAAGGAGAACAAUGGUUCCCCAAGGGUGGAAGGAGUAUUAUGAGGUAUCAACUCCUUCGAGAAGUGUGGAAAGACGGCGAAUAGGCCCCGAGGCCAUUUUUCGGUGUUCUUUUAGUGUAGUUACAGAUACUGUUUUGAUCUUAUUUUGGUUCUACAGCAACGGGAGAUAUCUGUAUGAGAAUCAGUUUUCUUAC